UUUGGAUGGCAGGCAGACUACUCUAGACAACCAUAUUCAAACUCUCGCUCUAAAUUUAAUGGCAACUACAUGAACAGUGACAUGUUGGACAGCAAUAUCGCAGAGUGCCGAGGCAAAAAAAUAACAAAUAAACUGACAAAAGAAGAAAUGUCUUCACUGCAAAAACAAAUAUAUUAUUCAGACAAAUAUACAGAUGAUGAAUAUGAAUACAGACAUGUGAUGCUCCCCAAAGAAAUUGCAAAAUUAGUUCCUAAAACACAUCUUAUGACUGAAAAUGAAUGGCGUAGUAUAGGUGUGCAACAAAGCCAUGGCUGGGUUCACUACAUGCGUCAUGAUCCAGAACCACAUGUGCUACUUUUUAGGCGUAAAUUACCGGACAAGUGAGCUGGGGACUUUUCAAAUAUUGUGAAUUAUGAACAUGUGUAAAAAUGGAUUUUAUUAGGUGCAAUUUUGAUGACAUGAUUUAUAAUUGUAAAUAUUUUGUUGACCGCCUAUUUCAUAUACAUGGAUAUAUGUUGCUGUCUUUGAACUCUACUAUUCUCAAAAUGUGGUGUUUUUAAUUUGUGAUUUGUUGUAGCCUGGAAAAUGUUAUUGUUAGAUCUAUUUUAAAUCAAGGUUUACCACAUUAGAUGCUAAACCAUAAGUAUUGGGACAUUUUUUUAGCUUGGUGGUUAGGAAGGAUAUUUUUUAUAACUUGUUGCCACACAUGGUCUUUUAUAAGGUACUUUAAUUGAAUAUCCACUUGGUAAAUCAAUUAUGGAUUUGUGAUUUGAAAAAUGAUAAAUAUUAGUUUCAGGUUUAAUAUGUUAGGAUAGUCUCUUGUUAAGUCAUUUGUCCUUGUUGCAAGUAUCUUUGUGCUUGUUUCAUUCAUCUUAUUCUAUCCUACACUUUCACAAUCUACUUAAUAUGUUGUUUGUUCUCCACAUUGAUCAAUCCUGCAUUUUUUAAUUAUAAUCAUUAGUUCGGUACUGGACUAAGGGCAUGGUUAUGCCCCCUUUGUUAUCAAACCUGAUUUGAGUCAUGCUGAUUUUUUUUUCUUUGGUUACUAAUUACCUCUUAAUGUUGCCAUAAUGUACUGUUGAAGUUAGAACUGUACUUUAAACAGCACUAUUGAAUUUAUCAGAAUUUAUAAAUUUGACUGGAUUACUUGCUUCAACUGAAGGUUUGUUUAUAAAAAAGUUAAAUCACAAGUGUAUUUAGUAGUCGGUACCUGUACUGUUUUAUCAAAAUAAAGUACAUCUCAUGUUAA